AUGGCAGCAUCACCAGAAAAGAGAAUAGAUGCCAAAUCCAAUUUAAAUCAAAUUAAAUCACAAUUGUAUGAGUCAACAACUCCUUCAUCAGGCAACUCUACACCUGAUAUAAUUGAAGAACAAAAGUUUGAGAAUGAUUUGGACUAUUUAUUGACAAAUAAAGAGAAUGGAAAUUAUGAGGAACAAACUGAAUUCGUUUCUACGAAAUAUGACGAGGUCAUAAUUUCGAAAUCCACGGAAACCAAAAAUAAAUCAAAACCCAAAACUAAGAAUAAAAAGUUUACUGUGGCUGAUGUAACCAAAGAUAUGGAAGGUCUUGAGUUCUCCAGUGACGAAGAUGUUGCUAAUGGAGACACCAUUGACAAGAAUAAAGAAGAGAAACCAAACAAACUCAAGCUGCAAAAAAGUAGAUCAAGAUUGAAUAAGAAAAAAAGUAAAUCAAAACUUAACAAAACUGUUGGAAAUGGUUCACCAGUUGCAAAUUCAGAAACCCCAAUUGAUUCUAAUCUGCAAUUAGACGCAAACAAAGAAGCAACAAAACCGAAACCUAAGAAAUCACCCAAAAAGAAGGAAACCGAGUCUGGGCAACCAGAAGAGACCCAAGGAAACAAGACACCAAAGAAAGUAAGAUCCAAAAAAAGUAGAAAUAACCUCAGACCUAAAGCUCAAUCAGAUGUCAAACCAACGGAUGCUACUAAAACUAAUGAAGAUAAGAGUAUAAUCAAUGGCAAAAAUGGGAAUAUCAACAAGGAAACACCCGAUUCAAAAAGUAAUGGCAUUGAAGGACCAGAACUGGUAGAUAACGAAGAGGAAACAAUAGAAAACGGAGAAGACGACGAAGAGGCAUUGAAACGUAAGCUUAAGAAUAAAAAAAGAAAAGAAAGAAGAAAGAAACGUAAUCAAUUAACGAAGGAGUCAAAUGGUAGUGAAAAUGAGGAGUCUGCAGUACCAUCUGCACCAACUCCACCAGCUGCCCCUUCACCUACAAAAGAAACUACUUCAAAACCAGAAGAUAAUCCAUUUGUGAUAAAAUUAAGAUCAGUGAAAAGCACCAUAAAUAAGAAAUAUUCGGAAAAUUUACCCGAAGUGCAGCCCAUCAAAACCAUCAUUGGAAUGUCCCAUCAACAAAUUCUUCAUUCAGAUUUAUCUGAUGUCAAAAUCAAAACAUUAAUGACAUCAUCGUCAGUGUCCAAAUAUGCUGCUAAUGCAGUCAAGUUUGUAACGACUCAUAAAGAUGACUUAUUUGGUAAUUUUGAAAACAAAAAGAUUUUUUUAACGUUGUGCAUUAAUAUUGCCUUGUAUGAAUCCCUUGGUUAUAAGAAAACUACUAAAUUGUACCCUAACGUUUUGGAAUUAUUUGGAGGAUACGCUGAAAUUAAUUUAGAAACAACUCGUACUAAAUUAACGCCAUCGAAAAAAGAUAUUCAUCAAAAUGAUUUAGAUUAUUCCGUAUUGUCUUAUUUUGGUCAUAUUUUGAUUUGGGCAGCUCAUCAACAACGUCAAGGUAAAGUCCCAAUUUUUGCUGAUAAAUUUGGAAUCAGUUUAACUAGUAAAGAAGUUCGCUCAAAGAUUGGUGGAUACCAUUUAUGGGAUAAAUUGUUCAGAGAAUUACAAGGAAUGAAUUCCAAAAGAUGGAAACAUGUGAUUAAGUUUAGAAAUGCCUUUCAAUACGAAGAGGAUCAGUUUAUGAUUAUUUUAAGAUUUAUGCAGAUUGAUGAAAACAUACCAUAG